AUGACACGUCUUCCACCUGCUCUCAUUCGACGGGCUGCUCACGAGAACCCACUACUGCCUCUCCUGCUCCGGGUGUGUCGAGAUCUUCCCUCAGCCCGAAACGAGCUUCGAUGGCUCGAAGAAUAUGCUCAAGAGACGGUGACCGUACAGAGAAGGAGGCUUCAUAAUGUGAAAGGCUUGUCUGGCGGCAAGCUGGAAGCACAAAAUGUCCCAGGUCGGCAUGGAGCGAAGAUCUUACGAAACAGCCUCACAGGGCGUAGUCAGGGCGAAGUGCCCUCGAACAGAUGCAGUGUGACGGAACGGAACUUCAGUACCAGCCAUGGUCCUCUAGCUACACAACCGACUUUGGGCUCUAGAGGACCAAAGCAGCCUACGUUGCGAAAAUACGAGGUAUCGCACAAAAGCAACAACAAAGGGAAUUCUUCUGCAGAAAAGAAAUUAAGUAAAGGCGCUCAGAGACGAGCCGCCCGCAGAAACCUGUCAAAACCUAACCAUCCCAGUGUUGACGCCCCUCCCGUCCGUAAGGGCACCAUCUCACAACCUAUGAGGAAGGGCAUCGAUCAUCCGAUCCGGAAGUUCUUGACGAAAGCUGUUUACGACAGAUCGCGCGGAAAGCCAUUGCAGCAUAUCCUCGGAAACCAACCCUUUGGCAGUCUCGAAAUCUUGACUCCCAACACGGUGCUAAUCCCACGACCUGAAACAGAAGCAUUCACGGAAUACAUCGCAAAUCUUGUCUUAUCUGCUGUUCACGAAACAAACCAAAAGGCCGGUCACCAUGAGCCAGAAAAACGUCGCAAACUGAGGAUUUUAGACCUCUGCACAGGAAGUGGCUGCAUAGCGCUUCUCCUCCACUCAAUCCUCAAACCACCAAAUCCCUCCACAGCCACACCCGGCGGCCACUCCUGGCCAUCCACCAUCGAUCUAGAGAUCCUCGGCGUCGAUUACCACAGCACUGCGCUCGAAGUCGCAAACCGGAACCUUCACUACAACAUCUCCAAGGGCCUUCUACACUCAGACGCAGCGACCGACAUCUCUUUCAUGCGCCAGGAUGUGAUCAGGGUGGCACUGGACACCAAGGGCCGACGUGAUCCACGGGUUCGAAGAAUCUUCAACCUCAAAACCGAAAUAGGGUCCGUCAAUGCCGAUCCUCCUCACGAUGACGGUGGCAAUGUCGAUGCCAACACCGAUGCACCCUGGGACAUUGUCAUAAGUAAUCCACCCUACAUCUCAGAAAGGGACUAUGCACCAGGCGGGACCACCGAACCCAGCGUCCGCAAAUUCGAACCCAAGACCGCUCUGGUGCCCGAGAACAGCCCAUCCGUACAUUCGGGCGAUCUAUUCUACUGGCCUCUCACGCGGAUCUUCGACGCCGUCGGCGCCAGGCUUCUCGUUAUGGAACUCGGCGGUGCACCGCAGGCGGCUCGAGUGAACAGAAUCCUCACGAGGAAUUUCGGCUUCCAAGCCCGGCGUAAACUGCACACGCUGUUCCUGGAAUGCUGGAAGGACGAUGGCACUCUAACGCCUCUUUCCAUGAUAGAGUCUAGCAACGGCAAGACCACCGACACGGCCUCCGCAAAGUCGAAGGACGCGCCCGACCGAGCUCUCUUUCUAUGGUCCGGUCCCCUUGCUGCAUGGCGACGAGACCAGGUCGGAGACGCUGGUGGUGGGGUUUCGCCUCAAUUUCAUCAUCUAAGACCAAUUAUGUCCGUUCCGAUGGAAGACCACCAGAGGAGGCAAAUCCCUCCGUUUGACUUGGUCAAGGCGCGGAAGCCGGUCAAGUCUCAGAAUGGGGUUGAAGACGACAACCUCUCGUCCGCCACAGUGAAACAGAAGCAGUAG